AUGAAUAAUUUCUUCCUAUUCGAUGAAAAUUUGUCUGAAGAUUUUCUGGAUGAAAAUGUAUCAGUCUCCAGCAUUAAUACAUCUCCGAACCUUGAAAAGAACAUGGCUGAAAGAAAAUUCGAUUUUGGAGUAAAGGAAAAGAAAGCAACAAACGGUGGGUUCUUAUUAGACUCGCAAUUUGUUUGUAAGAAUUCUCCGGUGAUAGAUAAUUCUCUUAAGCUAUCCGAUAGCUGUGUGAUUCAGAAGGAGCAAAGAAAGUUAAAGCCUGCUUCAAAGUCUUCAAUUCAAACUGAAAUUAAGAGCUUACUUCAGAAAGCCAUUUUGAUAAGAAAUUCAGCAUGCUGACAGAAGAAUAACAGAGCAAGGCAUUAUGUUGCUCAUCGCCCGGCUGAAAAGACUGUGACAAUGAAAGAUGUGAAAUCUGCAGAUUUCUUCUCAAAUUAAGCUUCU